AUGGUUCGUCCGCUAAACUGCAUCAUCACUGUGUCCCAGAACAUGGGCAUCAGCAAGAACGGGGACCUGCCCUGGCCCUCGCUCAGGAACGAAUACAAGUAUUUCCAAAGAAUGACCACAACCUCUUCAGUAGAAGGGAAACAGAAUUCGGUGAUUAUGGGUAGGAAAACCUGGUUCUCCAUUCCAGAGAAGAAUCGACCUUUAAAGGACAGAAUUAAUAUAGUUCUCAGUAGAGAACUCACGGAACCUCCACAGGGAGCUCAUUUUCUUGCCAGAAGUCUGGAUGAUGCCUUAAAACUUACUGAGCGACCAGAAUUAACAAAUAAAGUGGACAUGGUCCGGAUAGUGGGAGGCAGUUCUGUUUAUAAGGAAGCCAUGAACAAGCCAGGCCAUCUUAGAGUAUUUGUGACAAGGACCAUGCAGGAAUUUGAAAGUGACACAUUUUUUCCAGAAAUUGAUUUGGAAAAAUAUAAACUUAUCUCAGAAUAUCCAGGUGUUCCUUCUGAUGUCCAGGAGGAGAAAGGCAUUAAGUACAAAUUUGAAGUAUAUGAAAAGAACAAUUAACGUGAAAGUGUUUUCUGAUCUAUUUCAAGCCUCCUC